UAAGACUCAUGUCUGGAAGAGGAAAAGGCGGAAAGGGACUCGGUAAAGGAGGCGCGAAGCGUCAUCGCAAAGUGUUGCGUGAUAACAUCCAGGGCAUCACCAAGCCUGCCAUCCGUCGUCUUGCUCGCCGCGGUGGUGUUAAGCGUAUUUCCGGUCUCAUCUACGAGGAGACUCGCGGUGUGUUGAAGGUGUUUCUGGAGAAUGUUAUCCGUGACGCCGUCACCUACACCGAGCACGCCAAGAGAAAGACCGUCACCGCCAUGGACGUCGUGUACGCGCUGAAACGACAGGGACGCACUCUGUACGGCUUCGGAGGUUAAACGCGUUUAUUCUGAAGUAAAACAUUGAACACAACGGCUCUUUUAAGAGCCACCCACUGUCUCACUCGAGGAGAUGAAUUUUUAUAAAAUAAAUCAAGAUUGACGAGAACUCAAACUUUUAGAACUUGUGUUGCACACUUCUUUCGCUCGAAUAAGAAACACAAUCAUCAUGACGUAACUAUAAACGUCAGCACGUGCAAUGUAUCGUGAAUAACGUGUAAUAGGGUUAAAUGCUUUCUGGACGAAAUCUUUGACGGACUGUGAUGACACGAUGACGUACUUUCACUUUAAAACAAGACUUAUGAAACCCAACUGCUCUUCUAAAAGCCACUUUAUCACUCGAGGAGUUUAUAACUUCAGAAGUUAUAUCAUAACAAACGAAAUGUUAUGAAUGUCACGUUUUAUUAUCCCAGAUGCGUUUUGGAGAACCUCAACUGAUGAGAUUAAUCUGUUGUGUUACACACUUCUGGUGCUCGAAAAAGAAUCACAAUCAUCAUCAUCUAACUAUAUAAACAUUAGCUGACCAAAGUUUCUCAAUAACUCAUAAAAGAAUGAAAUACUUUCUGUAUGAACUCUUUAAGUGACUUUUAUGACACGAUGAAGUACAUAAUGUAGAGUUAAUUCAGAUAUAAAGGUUAUUUUUUAUCAAAUUCGAAAAAGAGCGGGAAGAGCAAACA